AUCAAAGAGGAUAAAGAAAUGAAUCUUGAAACUGAAUAUAAAAAACAUGGGACCUGAAAUAAAGAAUAAAAGCUCCUCAGCUGCGAGUCUCACAGACACAAGUAUCGCCGGGUUUUCGCGUGUUAACAAUGUUACUACUGGGUGGAUUUUGGACUUUAUGUUUGUAAGUCUGUGUCGGCAUUUCAAGAAAGGAAACUUUGAAGAAUUCAAUGAGACAAUUUUGACUUUACAGGCCAUUUCUGAGAGUUCAGUGAAAGGAGAAGUCCAUGAUGAGAAAACUAUGAUCUGUGCUUUCCUCGCGAGAGUCAUGCACGGGAAGCAGUUGGAUGUUCUGUUUGAAGAGGACACACAUGUGAUGCCUCUGAUGUCUGCGGCCAACAUCUGGACAGACCUUGAGGACACUGUGGCAGACGAGAGUUUGUUCAAAAACAUCACCAUUCUUCUGUUUGUCCAGUCUGUGGCUGUGUGCUUGGAUCAAGGUCAAGAGUCAUCUGCCUCCUCUGCCCUCAAGUGGUUUGAAGAUAACCACAAAGUCCCAGAGAACUUGAAGGUCAAACUGUCAACAAUAGUGACAGAGAGAGAAACUUGCCACCCGCUCCUCAUGAGCUUCAGCUUCAACCGCCUGCUGGAGACGCUUCAGUCUUACCUGGAUGCCUACCUGGAGAAGAAUCCCUCCGACUACCUUCUGAAGGCAGCCACAAAGAUGGUGCAGUCCUCACACACGGGGGACGACGUGAUGCAGGUCAGCGCUCUGCCAGGAGAAGCAAAGAAAUCGACAAGCAAAAAAACAAAACGGAAACUGCUGAACACUAACAUCGUGGACGAAUGGGAAGUUGAUUCGUGCAGGAAGUCUUAUGUCACGGUCAGAAGAAUCUCCCAGAGUGAAAUCUCUCGGCUCACAUCUGGGAAGCCCAUGGACACCUCCAAGAUCCAAAAGAAAAGAAAAUCCCCUCAGAAAUGGACGGACCAGCAGGACAGAUACCUCACGGCUGGAGUUAAACGUCACGGCCGGGGGAAGUGGUCUCGCAUUUUAUUGGAUUAUGACUUUGACGGACGCACCGGCACCAUGCUCAAAGACCGCUGGAGAGUUUUAACGAAGAUGCUUAAAGUCGACUGAAGAGCGAGAGCGCCUCACUAACUUCUACAACGCAGAUAUAUAUAUUACCUGUAAAUGAGCAUUAUGACCCUUAUUAUUGAAAAUGUUCCUUUUGGGUUAUCUGUUCAGUUUGCACCAAGUGAUGUGUGUGUGUGUGUGUGUGUGUGUGUGUGUGUGUGUGUGUGUGUGUGUGUGUGUGUGUGUGUGUGUGUGUGUGUGUGUGUGUGUUGUGUGUGUGAGAAAAAGACCACAAAUAUUGUUAUAAUUUUAAGUUAAACAUUUUUUUUCAUAAAAUUGUUAAACGAAUACAACAGUGGCUUGUUACAAAACAAUAUGCAACGUCAACUUUGAUAGGUGCUUAAUGUGUCCUUAAAAAGUGAAAUCCUGUACAAGUUGCAACAGUGGCUUUACAUGAUGUGCAGUGAUACAGAACGAUGUGCAGUGGCGAUGCUUUUAUAGCAAUGUGUAGCAUAUUUAUUAGAAACAUAAUUGCGUUGCAGGACAAAUCUGAGUCUUAAAGGGAGAGUUUGGAUUGUUUCAAGUGGGUCAGAUGUAGUUUGUAGAAGCAGACAGGAAGUACCAGCAGGGAGCUCAACAACGUGCUGCUGUGGAUGUAUUUUAGACGCCUGAAAUAAUCCAAAUGAGUUUAAGUGUACGCUUUCUUUAGAAUACUUUCACCUCUUUACCUCGCUGUCAGUCGGCCCUGUCUGACUGGAACUGAAGGCUCUCUUCAAACACACCAGACUCCAUUGAGGAAACGGUGACUUUACCUCCCAGAACUUAGGAGUUGUUGUUGUUCUGCCGCUGCUUCAUUGGUUAUUUUGACUUAUGUGACUUUGUGGGUUUAAAGGAUUUGUUGGAAUUCAUCAAAGUCGCACAACAGCACCACACUUAAACUGAAACACAUAUUUUCAGGUGUCUAAAAUACGUCCACAGCAGUACAUGCUAUCUUCCUGCUGGUACUUCCUGUCUGCUUCUCCAAACUGCGUCUACAUGUACCUCAUUCAACCACACUUCAAAACAUCCCAACUAUCCCUUUAAGUCUCGUGCGACUGCAGCAUUGAAGCGUCUGAUCUGGAAACAGUUUCAGUGUGACUGACGAGGGGAUCUUGGCUGUGAAAUGUGAUUUGUGGACAGCAGAUCAGAGUUCUGUGGAGCUUUGUUUGGAUCAGAUGAAGACGAAGCUGUGCUGCGGUGGACAGUCGCACUGCUGGGUUCUCUGGAUCUUCUUCCACGUCCCGCUGCACUGAUGGUUCCCCACCGCCUGCCAGUGGAGCAGAGCUUCUCUGCAACACAGUCGUCUUGUUUAUGUUUUGGAUCGUUUCACACAUUCUUCAACAGUUCACAUUAUUUGCACUUGAAUUGAAAUGUUAAAUAAAAAGAUGCUAUCUGACAAUUAAUUAAAA